AUGAAAGCCACAACCAAUCGCUGCUCCAAACAAUAUGGCGUUCGCGAGCACGAGAGGCGCCAUCUGGACCCAGCGAUCAACACAGAGAGCAAUAUGUCUCUCGAAGAGCGGACUCUCGUCGUGCGCGCGUUCGACUCCCGCGUCCACAAAGACCUUCUGCGCGAACUCUUCGUCCAGGCCGGUCCCGUGGUGAACGUCGUGUUGCGGACGGACUUCGCGUACAUUGAGUUCGAACACAAGGCGUCCGUCGGAUACGCGCUCGCUCUCUUGGACGGCGUCUGUCUCUAUGGCCGCCAACUCUUCCUCGAGCCCCGAGUCCGCGAUGACUCCGCCUAUCACUUCGUGGACGCCAUCUCUCAGUUCAAUCACGUGAUGAACUCGAAUCCCGACUUCUUCCGCCAAUUCACGGCGCCC